AUGGUUAAAAAAGGCCAUAAAGAGGUGGCGCCUUGCUUUUUGGAGAUCGAAAAAGAUCUUGUUCGUGUCAGAGGAAGGAAGAGUAAGACUCCUUUGCACUAUGUAAGUAAAGUUGCAAACCAGGACUUCUUUCUGGAUAGGUUUCUAGAGGCUUGCCCUGAUAGUAUCCUGGAUGUUACAACUCAAAAUAGCACUGCUUUGCAUAUAGCCGUGGAAAACAGAAGGCUAGAUGUUCUCCAAGUCCUACUUAGGACACUUAUGAAGACAGCCUAUCAUCGAGAAGUGGUGAAUCGAAAGGAUGAAAAUGGCAACACAGCACUGCACAUAGCAGCUAGCAGCAAUGAGGCCCAGAUGCUUAAACUACUAUUAAACUGCAAGGCUGAUAAGCAUGCCACUGAUCAAGCUGGUUUGACGGCACUGGGUGUUUCCCAACAACAUGGUUACACAGAAAGCAUUACUGGCGAGAACCGUAAUGCAUUACUGGUAAUUUUAGGAUUAAUGCUUCUAACUGCAACCUACCAAGCCACACUUAGCCCGCCUGGUGGUGUUUGGCAGGGUGGAAACGCCUCAAAGAAAUUGGGGAUAUCUGUCAUGGACCCUUCCCAGACAGCAGUUCAAGUGCUACUUGCUUUUCUUGCAGUAUGCUUUCACCAAUCAAUAUCUUUCAUUGUCCCAACCUCUUCAGCAUCAAUAAUUCUCUCUCCUCUCGGGGAUCGUUUUCAUCUUAAUGGCGUUCAUGUGUAUCGCAUAUCAAGUGUCGAAAUUCAGUGUUUCGAUAGUGGGAUGUUGGAUUUUACCAUUUCACUUCUCAGAUAUUGUUCAAGAACAUAUUCCGAAUCUCCUUGCAGCCACCAUUGCUCCUAUGAAUAA